CUGUAACCUUGCCUAUGACACGGUAACUUUUUUUUUCAAUCCUCCCCUCUGGUGCUGUUUGCAAGAGUCAGCGGUGGAGAGUUCACACAGUUCCGUUCUAAGUAAGACCUGUGUGUACUUCAACUUUCUGUGAAGAUGGGCCCCACGCUGCGCUUGUUGGCGCUUGUGAGCAUAAUAGGAUGUGUUGAACUGAUCUCAGUCACGACUCCGCAGAAAAAUAUCAAUGUUACAAUGGGUCAAAGUGUCCUACUCCAAUGUAUGUUCGUGACUAAUGUGGACACCACCGGCCUCACCAUCCAGUGGGACUUUGUUUCAUCGGCCUCCAUGACGCCACAGCAGCUGUAUUACUAUCAAUCAGGAAAGGAUGUCAUUACAAAAGCUUAUGAGGGCAGGCUUCAACCUUCAUCUUCUCCUGGCAUGACCAAAAACACCUCAAUAGCAAUAAGCAACAUGCAACCAUCAGAUUCCGGAGUCUACACUUGUCAGAUUCACAACUUUCCUGAUGUGGACGGACCGUCUGAGGCCAAUAUCAUUGUGAAUGUUCUUGAGAAGCCCACUGUUCCUUACUGCGCCGUCCACGGUGACGUGGAAUCAGGUCACCUGGUCACGCUGACCUGCCACAGUGAGCGUGGGAGCCCCAACCCGGCCUACAUCUGGACCAGACUGGAUCACACGCAGACAAGGAGGCGUGUACUGGGACUAGUGACCACAUCUGGAAUACUGCAAUUCCAAAACAUAUCCCAGUUUGAGUUUGGGGAGUACCAGUGCAACGCUACAAAUUCAGUGGGAUUUUCAACUUGCACUAUAGAGCUAAAUCCUGAAGCGGGAGAUGGAGUGAUUGCCGGCGCGGUGAUCGGCGCCUUGCUCGGGUGUGUCCUGAUCAUCCUGGUUGUGUGGUUCAUCGCUCGCACGGUGAAGAAACACAAGUACAAGGAGGUCAACGUCUCAGAGGCCCACGUGAUGAAGAGGAGCUCCUCUCAGGCCAAGGAAGAAUCGGAUAGUGUUCCCGUGGCAACCACAGCCGGCAGCCUCCAUGCCGAGGAAGAUGAGCCACAAGCCUGAAAAAAAAAGGCCUGUCGAAAACAACUGGAGCAACGUCACUCUUCUGAACAACAGGAUGUCCAGUCGUUCUCAAAUGUAAUCAAUGUGACGGAGCUCAAUGAACCAUCAAUUUAAUCUUUAACAGCUUUUUUUUUUAUCAUGUGCCAUUUUGUAUUUGACUUUUGCUUGAAUGUAGACACCAGGCUUGUAGUGCUUUUCUUUGUUUUACCGUUUCACAGUUAGGAUGCCAUUCAAACCAUGUUGAUGAGCCCUGCAUUGGGAAUACAAGCUACAUAAUAUUAGACCAAAUACUUGCAUGAGAUAGGAUGCAAAAAAAAGAAACUUGAGGAUAUAAUCUGCAUCAUGCAAGUGAUCAGAAUGAUUUUUAUUUUCUGUGUAUAUAAAAAUACAUUAUUAUGUUUAAAAAACAAAUGAUAGUCCAACAUUCAAAUGUAGUCUUUUGAAUGAUAAAAGUAUUACAAAU